AUGCGUGAAGGUUUUCUAUCUGCAGUUUAUGUGGUAGCUAAUACUGGGAAGCAUGAGCCAUUACCUGAAUUUUAUAAAAAUAUUCAAGAAUUGCAAAAAACAGUAAAUGAUAACAAUGUAAAAGGCCACUUAACUAGUAAAGGAAAAGAACAAAUGUAUAUAAUGGGUGCUAGGUUGAAACGACAUUAUUCAAAAAUUCUUGAAGGGAUUCACGAUAGCAAGAAUAUCAAUGUUACGGCAAUGGACAACCCAAGAUCUCUUUUAAGUGCUAAUUUACUUCAAGCUGGUUUUCUUGGUCAGAGCCGUGAUGGAAGUUUGAAAAAAGACUGGAAGCCAAAAGAUUAUAAUAAGACUAAAAUACACGAAUCUUACGAAAAAGCAUUGAAGGCUUUUUAUGAUACCGACAAUUGUAAACAAUUAUUUUCUGAAAAAGUAAAAACAUACCUCGGUGGAGCAAAUACAACAUAUUCUGCAUUGAAAAGCAAAGUACAAGAACAUUUUCCACAAGUUAAAGAUGAAGAUAUGUGGAAACUGUAUAACCACUUUCUAUCUUUAAAAAAUGAUAAUAAAGAACUCCCAAAUUGGUUAACUUAUGAUGAUUUGUUAGAUAUGAAAGAAUAUGUGGACACCUAUAUAAGAACAUUCUCCAAAACAGUCGAACUGAAGCAACUUUCUUCGGGUAAAUAUGUGAAAGAAUUUGUUAAUUCACUCGAUAAGUUUCGCACGAGGCCUCAUGAUGCUGGUCCAAAAAUGAGGAUAUUUGCUGCUGAAGAAAUGAGUUUUGCAGCAAUAGUAGCAGGAUUAGGAGGCGAUAAAAAUUUUAAAAUUUGUGACGAAGAUAAACCAUUUGGAUGGCCAAAGAAUGGAGCAAUGAUCAUAGGAGAAUUACAUACAGAGUCAUCAACCAGACAUAAAUUCUUUAAGCUUUUAUAUUGGGAUCCUGAUGAAGAAAGACCUCAACAACUUCAUUUGAAUAACUGCAAACGUUGUGAAUGGUUACAAUAUAUGAUGUACAGACAUGGAGACCGUACUCCUGAUGAUUUGGAAAUGAACGCUUUUCCUAAUUAUGAAAAUGUUAAUAAAACAUGGUACCCUAUUGGAAAAGGACACUUGACUAAUGAUGGUGUCCUGCACAUGUUCAAACUCGGUGAAGCAGUCCGAAGCAAAUACAGUGACUUAUUUCAAGGAGUUUUCAAUAUGCCAACUUAUGAAACUGUAAGGACAUUUACUACAGAAUAUCCUAGAACCAGAGCGAGUGCCCUGGCAUACCUGGCAGGUCUUUUGCCACCUGCACAAGAACAACAAUGGGGCAGAGAGAGGGGUUGCAAUGGAAGAAGAUGCAGAGAACCAGAACUGGCAUCUCUAUGGAGACCUGUCACAUAUGUUCCAGAUGAAAAAUUAAAUUUGGCGGUCAACUUGUGGGCAAACUGCCCAGCAUUCUUCAACGAGACAUCACGUGUACAAAAUUCACAGGAGUUCCAGGACAAAUUUUCAAGAUAUCACAGAUUGAUGCAAGUUUUGUCAGCAAAUACAGGAAAAGAGAUCAAGUCUCCAAUUGAAGUCUGGACGUUGAGAACUUUGUAUGAAACCCAGGAAGCUGCUGGUAUUGAGAAGCCAACUUGGGUAUCCGACAACUGGAAUGAUAUCAACGAGUACACAGAUCUUGUCUUCCAAUCCAUGUUCCAUAAUGACAUUCAGAAACGAUUUGGAGCAGGAGUAAUUUUGAAGAAAAUAUUAGACGACUCCAAAGCCAAAGCAAGAAAUGCAGAUAAUCUCAAGGAACGCAAAAUGUUUGUAUACUCUGGUCACGAAACAACACUAGUUCCUUUAUAUGCUGCCUUAGCCGGAUCUGGUGGAUUUAUAGACAGACGUGGAUUUAGAGUACCCACACACAUCCCAGAAUUUACAGCAGCACUUGCCAUAGAACUGCACAGAUCAGUAUCAAGUGGAGAACAUUUUGUCAAAUUCUUCUACACAAAUGGUGACCGCAACUUCCAUCCACUAAAACGAUCAGAUUGUCCCGAGCUUUGCCCCUUAGACGAACUAGUACGCCUGACCCAAGCCUUGACAUACAGCACCGAAACAAUUCAGGAACAGUGCAAUCCAGGCGCAACUAUUUCAACAAGGCCACCAUCCGGUACGACUCCAUCAGGAACAAGUGAGACCACACGUUGGCCUACUUCAGCUACUGAAUGUCCUACAUAUCCUCCGACGAGUGAUACCAGGACACCAUUUCCAACAAAUACACCAACUUCUCCUACAACUCCGACUACAACUCCAACGACACCAUCAACGACUACAACUACACCAGCUCCUGGAACUCCGGUACCAGGUUUUCCUUCAUUUGUUAAAGGACCGAUUGUGUUUGAUGAAAGUCCGACGCCCUUUCCAUUUGGACAAAAACUUGAAGUUUUAGGCCGAAAACCAAUAGCCAGAUAUGCAGUUUACGAAACAAGCGACACAUUAUUGAGUGAACCAAUAGUCAAUAAUAACAUGAAAUCUUCGCCCUUUAUCCAAGUUUCACUAAAUGAUGACGAUGAUGAAGCUGCAGAUACAUAUGUAAAAGGAGCAUUAUUUCGAAAAGGAUUUGCAAAAGUAAGUAAUGAACUAUCGAGAAAAAAUGAAGAACUGCAAGAGCCAAUUGCUGAAGUCACAGUAAAUGAUAACGUAAAAUCUUGGCCAUUCAUCAAAGCUUCAAUAGACGAUGAGAUGGAUGGAGCAGUAGAUAUAAAUUUAAAAGACACAAUACUACGAGAUCCAAUUGCAGAACUGACUGUGAAUGAUCACAAAAAAUUUUUACCAGUUGUCAAAGCUUCGAUAGAUGAUGAGAUAAAUGGAGCAAGAUCAAGAAACCCUAGGCGAAGCAAUGGAAUCUCAGACCAAGAACAAGUAGCCAGAGCAGGCAAUGGAAUCUCAGACCCACAACAAGGACCUAGAGCAGGCAAUGGAAUCUCAGACCAAGAACAAGUAGCUAGAGCAGGCAAUGGUAUAUCAGACCAAGAACAAGUAUCUAAAGCAGGCAAUGGAAUCUCAGAUCAAGAACAAGUAGCCAGAGCAGGCAAUGGAAUCUCAGAUCAAGAACAAGUAGCCAGAGCAGGCAAUGGAAUCUCAGAUCAAGAACAAGUAGCCAAAGCAGGAAAUGGAAUCUCAGAUCAAGAACAAGUAGCCAGAGCAGGCAAUGGAAUCUCAGAUCAAGAACAAGUAGCCAGAGCAGGCAAUGGAAUCUCAGAUCAAGAACAAGUAGCCAAAGCAGGCAAUGGAAUCUCAGAUCAAGAACAAGUAGCCAGAGCAGGCAAUGGAAUCUCAGACCCACAAGAAAGACCUAGAGCAGGCAAUGGUAUCUCAGACCCACAAGAAAGACCUAGAGCAGGCAAUGGAAUCUCAGACCCACAAGAAGGACCUAGAGCAGGCAAUGAAAUAUCAGACCCAGAAGUAGGACCUAGAGCAGGCAAUGGAAUCUCAGAUCAAGAACAAGUAGCCAAGGCAGGCAAUGGAAUCUCAGAUCAAGAAAAAGUAGCCAGAGCAGGCAAUGGAAUAUCAGACCCACAAGAAGGACCUAGAGCAGGCAAUGGAAUCUCAGACCCACAAGAAGGACCUAGAGCAGGCAAUGGAAUCUCAGACCAAAAACAAGUAGCCAGAGCAGGCAAUGGAAUCUCAGACCAAGAACAAGUAGCCAGAGCAGGCAAUGGAAUCUCAGAUCAAGAACAUGUAGCCAGAGCAGGCAAUGGAAUCUCAGACCAACAACAAGAAGCAAUCGGAGAGGAAACUAUGAAAGAUACAAUACUAUGAGAGCCAACUACAAAAAAGCAAUAAAA